CUGAAAUUCGUCAUGCGAGCGGUUUGAUACAGAACUUGAUUCUUUUUUAAUUUUUUUUAAAUUAGUUUAUAAGCUAAUGUUAAGAUUCAACUUUAUAAGAAUCUUUUGAUAAUUUUUCGAUAAAUUAUACAAGUAAUAGAAGCUAGAAGGUAAAUUCUCAAGAUGAGGGAAAUUAUUAAUAUCCAGGCUGGAGCUUGCGGCAAUCAGAUUGGUGGAAAAUUUUGGGAGGUUAUAUCCGAUGAACACGGCAUCGACCCAAGCGGUUGCUACCACGGCGACUCCGACCUUCAACUUGAACGUAUCAACGUGUACUACAACGAGGCCUCUGGUGGCAAGUAUGUGCCGCGGACAGUUCUUGUUGACCUCAAGCCAGCCACCAUGGACGCCGUAAGAUCUGGACCCUUUGGGUGUCUAUACAGGCCCGACAACUUUGUCUAUGGCCAGAACAGUGCGGCCAACAACUGGGCUAGAGGCCAUUACACUGAAGGCGUUGAGAUCCUAGAGUCCGCAUUAGACGUUAUCCGCCGAGAAGCCGAAGGUUGCGAUUGUCUUCAAGGGUUUCAGAUGUCCCACUCUCUUGGAGGCGGCACCGGUUCUGGUUUGGGAACACUUCUUAUUAACCGAAUUAGAGAAGAGUAUCCCGACCGAAUCAUCCUUACAUUUUCAGUGUUUCCAAGCCCAAGAGUAUCUGAUUGCGUCGUGGAACCUUACAACACUACGUUAGCAGUAAACCAGCUGGUAGAAAACUCAGACCAUACAUUCUGCUUGGACAAUGAAGCGUUGUACGACAUAUGUUUCAGGACAUUGAAACUGACGACACCCACUUACGGAGAUUUGAAUCAUUUGGUGUGUGCCACCAUGUCCGGCAUCACGACGUGUCUUCGAUUCCCUGGACAGUUGAAUGCCGAUUUGAGGAAAUUGGCCGUGAACAUGGUACCGUUCCCCCGACUCCACUUUUAUACGCCUGGUUUUGCGCCUCUGACCUCGAGAGGAGCGCAGCAGUACAGAGCUCUGACAGUACCAGAGUUGACGCUACAGAUGUUUGAUGCCAAGAACAUGAUGGUUGCGUGUGAUCCACGACACGGGAGAUACCUGACCGUUGCCACGAUAUUCAGAGGUAGAAUGUCAAUGAAGGAAGUUGAUGAACAACUAGUCAAUAUUCAGAACAAGAACAGCACAUACUUUGUGGAGUGGAUACCGAAUAAUGUAAAGAUUGCCGUAUGUGACAUUCCACCACGAGGUUUAAAAAUGGCUUCAACAUUCAUUGGUAAUACGACAGCCAUUCAGAGCAUAUUCAAAAGGAUGGCUGAACAAUUCGUGGCUAUGUUCAGGAGGAAAGCUUUCUUACACUGGUAUACCGGUGAGGGAAUGGAUGAGAUGGAAUUUACAGAAGCGGAGAGUAACAUGAACGACCUGGUGUCAGAGUAUCAACAGUAUCAAGACGCUACAGCAGACGACGAGGGGGAGUUUGAUGAGGAAGCAGAAGGCGAAGGUUUGGAGGAGGAAUAGGAUUAUUUUGGCUAUUUGUCCACUUGUGUAUGUCCUUGUGUUCGUCCUAAAUAAAAUUAUACCUACAUA